AUGACCGAAGACUCUGAAGCUAGUUCAGUGAAGACAAAACAAUCUAAGUAAGUCUGUAAAGAUAAAUAAGCUGUUACGUUCAACGAAUUUUUUCUUGUAAAACAAUUAUAUAUAUAAUAUAUUUUACUGACUCCAAUACAUUUUUUUAUUUCUUAGUAGCAUAUUGAAUCCGAAUUGUCUUAGGCGAUAAAGAAUCAGGGGCACCCAAUGGAUCUGUUCCUCAAAAUAUCUGUUCUUCAGGCACAUUUUUGCUGGCUGGGAGAUGUGGAAGAAAUAAUAGUCCUUGGAAGGAAAGUGUUGCUGGGAAAAAGAUAAUUCAGGGUGUGAGAGGGGAUUUGAAGUCUAGAAUAGCUGCUACGGGUAACUUUUAUGGGUUACUUACCACUCAAGAUCUGAAUUGUGCCCUAUGAAACUUCCCAGUAAGUCGGGUUGGAGGUUGUGAGUUUGCUGGCUGGGAACUCUUCCAUCAGUCUUGCUGGGAGUGAGGAACAGAUAAUUUUUUUUCCAGCAAUCUCCCAAAAUGCUUAAAAUAGUCUCAGAAAACUUUAUUCACGCUUUGUUGUUGUUUUUAGGUCUUUUUCUCAAAAUUUCCCGUUGGGUGCCCCCGAAGAAUUUUGGAGUUCUGGAGGCUGCUAAAAAGUGCAGAGAUAAAUAUUUUGUUCUGAAUUUUUUUACACUUAGCCAACAAAUCCACUACAUAGCUCAUCGAUAUGUAAAUGUACUCUUAAGGCUUGUAUAACCACGCUUGAAAUAUUUCUUCGAUGAAGUGCUGUGAAUUUAGAGCAAUAAUUUAUGUGGAUACGUACAGUGCGUAUUAAACAGAACAAUUUCAUCCAGCAAAUAUUCAAUAAAUCAAUACAAGGACUCAGUCUGGAAGAGGAAAACUACUGUUUCCACAGUUUUUGAAAUAAAAUGCUAAAAUAAACUUCAAAAUAAAUAAUAAACUUCAAUAAAUAAAUUCCCUCUUUCAGCACAAUGGAGUGGACAAAUCAACAUGAUACAUUAUUUUUGAGAGAGGUCAGGGGAUCAGAUCUUUUUGAAACCAGAAAGGGGAGCCCGGAGAGAGGAAAAUUGUGGGAUGAGAUUGCCACAAGACUCAAUAACCUCACCCAAUGCAAAUUCAAUGUGAGCAAAAGGUCGUUGAAUCAAUCUUCUAAUGUCCAAAUUCAAAGCAAAAAAUAG